GCUCCGCUGGGGGGCGCCAGCGGCUCCAACUCUCAGCCCCACAGACCGCGAGACAUGUGGCUGAGACUUUCUGAAUUCUACGCUCCGUUUUUAGCCAAAACAAUCACCGAAUCGUGCUAUUCGUCAGCAUUUCAUUGCAGGUGCUUGGAAAACCAGUUUACCAGGUGCACGUCAGCUUCAGCAACACUUAAAGUGAUCAGGUGAGCCCGGGGCAGACAUGACUGGAGCUGGAAGUGGAGGCCAGGGCCCGCCUGAUGGGGGGGACGCUGAGGAGGCGGAGAGGUGUCCCAUCUGCCUCUGCGUCCUGGCUGGAGGCGAGCUCGCCGUGCCCGACAGCUGCUGCCACGUCUUCUGCCUCAGAUGUCUCCUCACAUGGGCAGAGUUGCAGAUGUCUCCGUCCUGCCCGGUGGACAGAAGACCUUUCACUAAUGUUUACAGAUGGGACGGGAAUCUCAGCUGUGUGCAGGUUCCUGUGAGGAAACGUGCGACUCAACCCGAAGCUGAGCGUUGCUACUGUAGAAACCCCGAACAGAAAGUCUGUCUCAAAAGUAAGGCUGCAAGAAGACUGAGACGGCAAAAGGUGGAGAGGACGGCUGACGCUAAAACGAAAGGUCUUGUUAGGAAAUGUAACGACGAUGGCCACUCCUCACUGAGCAGAAAAAAGGUGAGAGGAACAGAGUGCUGCGCUUGGUCAUCGUCUCCAUGUGUCUCAAUAACAACACCAUCCACGGAGCACAUGGCAGAGCCUGUGUGGGAGGACGUCCCGUAUGACAGCGUAAUGACACAGUGUAAAGCUCAGGCGCAGGACUGUCCGUGGCUCUCUGCUGCGGCGCCCAUCCCUGCUAACGGCCCCUUCAGGCAAAGCUUCCAUCCAUCCGGUUGGAACCAGAGCCCGUUUCCAUCUCCCUUUUCCUCCCCGUCUCCUUGCGGCCCCGGUCAUUUCGUGUUUCAGGGUGUUGUCUGCGCCAUCACGUGUCCCAAAGGAGGCGAGAAGAGAGGCGGGCGAGCUUCAACCUCCAAAGCUCCCACCAAAGAGGCCAAGUCUCUACCAUCCCGGCGGUCCGGACGCAACAGUAAGAGCCAGGAAGAGGCUCCUGUGUCUGACCUUUCAUCACCGCCGCAGCCCUCUUCGUCUGACUCUGACUCGGCCCCCUCACAGCCCACCAAGCCGGGCAAGGCCUCGCAGACACCGGCAAAGAAGAAGGGAAAACAGGUCACAAACCGGAAGGCCGGCGGGAAAAGGAAAGCCGCGCCAAGGAAAAAGAAAUCUGCCCAAGUCGUGAGCAGUCCCACGGCAAGUGAAGACGAGGAGGAGGAGGAGGAGGAGGAGGCAGAUGGGUGCGACAACGCCGAGAAGGAGGAAGAAGAGAAAAAAAACUUGGAUCAGCAACAGUCUGAUGCUGAGGGGAGUCUAAAUGAAGACCACGACACUAUCGACUCCCCUAAUGAGCGAGGAGGCGCUGAACCCUCCGGGAACGACGUGGGGCUGGACAGUGACGAGACUCAGGAAGAGUCUAAUGAACAGAAACCAGACUCGGCUCCAUACAGCCCCGGUUCCUGCUCCGAGGGCGAACAGAGCAAGAGGGAGGAGGAAGAGCCAGCAAGCCCCGCGUCCUCUGGAGGAGACAUCUGUGGCAAAAGUCCUCCACCGUCACCUUCUGACUCGGAGAAAAGUCCUCCACCGUCACCCUCUGACUCGGAGAAAAGGCGCUCACCGUCACCCACUGAAUCAGAGAAAAGGCGUUCACCGUCACCCACUGAAUCAGAGAAAAGGCGUUCACCAUCACCCUCUGAAUCAGAGAAAAGGCGUUCACCCUCACCCUCUGGCUCGGAGAAAAGGACUUCUCCAUCACCCUCUGACAACGCUCUGCUGGGCGACCUGAUGUCCCCGCACGGUGAUGACCAGGAUGACGACAUGGAGAUUUGUGCGGCCUCAGUAGAAGCCAACAAUGAAGAUUCUUCAAAGGAGGCUGAAUCAUGUGAGAAUUCUCCACAACCGGCCUCCGACUCGCAGAACAAUCCAGAUGUUCCAGAAUCAAAAGCCUCUGACGAAAAUGAUUUGAAAGCAUCGGGGUCAGAAGAGCCUUUAGUAGACGACAGCUCAAGGAAGGGAACCGAGGAUGACACUGAGGUUGUGCCCAUGGACUGCAGUUCCCCCACGAUGGAACAUAGCAACAGUCCGAAGGAGGGGGACGCCUCAGCCGCGGCAGAGCCUCCUGCUUCUGAAAGCCAAGUCGCCAAGGACAAAAGUGGCAAGGACCAACGGGAAAAGAGCCGGGGGAGAGAAAGGAGCAAGGAUAGAGAAAGGAGCCAGGAGAAGAAAAAUGGCAAGCAGCGGCGCUCUCGCUUCCACUCCCCAUCCAAGGCCUGGUCACCAAAGAGGGAAUCAAAACGAGAAGGGUCCAGGCGAUCGCGCUCCCGCUCCAGAGAGCGAGACGGCAGCCCGCCCUCUAGCCGCUCAUCCCGGGCCCGCAGCAGAGAAAGAGACCGAGACCGGGACGGUGAGAGAGACCGAGACGGUGAGAGAGACCGAGACGGUGAGAGAGACCGGGACGGUGAGAGAGACCGAGACGGUGAGAGAGACCGAGACCGGGACGGUGAGAGAGACCAGUCUCGGAGGGAGCGCAGCCGUGAGAGGAGGAGGCGGCGCUCCAAGAGUCGAUCCAGGUCCAGCUCUCAGUCCAGAUCACGAUCCUACAGACGAGGGGCCAGCCCCGAGCGGCCGGCCUCCAGAGAGCAGUCUCCCCAGAGGAGGGAGCGUAGGGGCGGGUGGAGGUCAGGGCAGGGCAAUGGGUCCGGGGGCGAGGGACGGAGGAAUCAGAGCGACGCUGGGCAGGCUGAAAAUGGCGUGCCGGCAGAAAGUUCCCCUGAGCGCAAACCCUGGUCGGAAAAUCCUGACUGGGUUACAGAAAAGAGUCGGAGUGAUGCCGAAAGCAAGAGUGGGGGCUCACGCUGGGAGGACCGUGGCGGGAACAGAGGGUCACGGGGGGGAGGCAACCGCAGCUUCAACAAUUCAGGGACUGACGCAUACAGCCGCUUCAACGAAAACCGGGGCGGUGGCCGGAGGAAAGAGUCCGAUUCCGGAGACUCGAUGCUCGACCGCUCAGGCUGGUCGUCGGCGUCCAGCUGGGCGGUCAGAAGGAAACUACCCGCAGACGUUCAGGAUUAUUACUCCAAGAGGGAGAGGGGAGGACCAGGAGGCUGGAACCGACAGGAGGAGGAGCAGCCGGGGGCAGCAGCAGAUGCGACUAAAAGCGAUCCUCCCUCCCAGGCGGUCCCGGGUAACGCCCCGGGGCCCGUGAUGAACUCGGGUCCUCCUCAGCUCAACGUCCUGCAGCAUCACUUCCCCCAGCAGGGCCAGAGGGGGGUGCCGCCCGUCAGCCUGCAGCCUGCAGCAGGGUACGCCAUGCCUCCUCAGUACCCCGCCGUACCGCUGCUUCAGGGCCCCUCUGCCGGCGGUCAAGGCCUCCCCCCUCCUCCCCCACCUCCUCCACCCAUGCAUCAAGGCAGCCAGGGUGCAGCAGCUCAUCCCGAUGGCUACAACACACAGAUGGCAAGUACAAUGGGUUAUGGGAAACCUGGCCUACUUCCCACCCCAACCAAAGCUGGUGUUUCCUUAGCGACCUACUGCCAGUCGGCACCCAGCCAGGUGUAUCCCUCCUCCACCACUUACACCGGCCAGCAGAGCAAGGCUCACGCUGACGGCUCCAAAAAAGAGAAGAAACAACAGAUCCAGGAAAGAGCUGUCAAUGAAGUGAAAAACGCCAUCAAACCCUAUUACCAAAAGAAUGAAAUCAACAAGGAUGAGUACAAGGAGAUCGUCCGUAAAGCGGUAGAGAAGGUGUGCCACAGCAAGAGUGGUGAGGUGAACUCCAGUAAGGUGGCCAUCCUGGUGAAGGCCUACGUGGACAAAUACAAGCACGCCCGCAAGAAAUGAGGGUGGUCCCGCUGCGGCGUGCAGACGUCCUCACAGACACUCAGCUGCUCAAGUGCAAUUUCCUCUGGCUGGAAUUGGUUCUCCAAACUGAAAGUCAACGGAGAGCCGACCUUUUCUUUUUUGAUAUCUCUACCUUUUAUUGAACGAUGAAGAUUUUUUUCUAUAGAUUUUGAUAUUUUGUUAGAAAAAUAAUUACCCAAUCAGAAAUUGUACUGCAAGAGCCCUUUAUUUUGCAUAGAUCAUGUGACUGGGGAACUACUGUAAAGAGCGCAGGGUAGCAUGGAGGGGGGGGGGGGGUGCCGGCUGGUAGGAUGAGUUCCUCCUGAAUGGCAUCCUGAUCGCAUAGCUUAAUUAAUUGAAUAUUGUCAAUGUUCUUUUUUUAAAUAUUAUAUAAUAUUUCAGAUGAAAUCCUAGUUUAAAGAACAGUGCAUUGCCUUCAUGAUUCUGUGGCCCCGUUUUGGGCCGGAAUCUGAUUCAUGUGAUUGUAAUCAGGGCCCUGAUUGGCUGGCGAGACACUAAGUGGGACGGCUAAUCAGCAGUGAGUUUGUAAUGUAAGGAACAGAUCCCGGAAAGGGGGACAGAUCAAAUGAAAUGAACCUUUCCCCCCGCCUGAAUAUGUAUGAAAUGUCAAUGGCUGAACAUGAACUGUGCAACGUAUCAAGAAAGUAGUGAAAUAAAUUAGCUGCUUCCUGAUCUGCUGUGUGUUUGUGAGAGGCUUAGGCUACAUUUUAAUCUCCAUCUUUGUUUCUGUCAUGGUUCUGCUUGACUCUUCCCAUGAAUCCCCUGUUCAAAAUAUGAAUUGUUACCAGACAUCAAGUGAUCGGAUGUACAGUAGGUUGGACUCAUAGUCUAGCAUUUGUACUCCCGGCGGCCUGAUUUUGAUGAAUUCUGGGUCGAUUUUGACGAUGUAGGGUGCUCGAUUGGACAGAUUGCCUAUUUAUUUGAAAAAUAAGUGUCCACAUUAGAGGCAAUCAUUUUCAUUUUGUGCUCUCUAUAGCCGAUGGCCGCAACACUAGUCAUGGUAGUCAAAAUCAGCCCACCAAGAGUACAAAUCUGGCCACUUUCUGGUUACAACUGCAUUUAUUUUAUUCUGAAAAUGGCAGAAAACAUUUUCCAAAUCGGCCAAGCCAUUUUUGAACUACUUUCCCCAUACGCUAUAAUGGUAAUGUAUGCUAAUGAACACAACUUGUGCUAACUAUGCAAAAAUUGCCCAACAUAUGCUAGUUAGCAGCUAGCAGGUUCUAUGUGCUGGGGACCCAUACUAUACAUUUGAACAUUUCACAACACUACUCUAAUGGCUUGCAACUAAACUAUCUUUCCCACAGAUCCUUACAAUUGUGUGAAUUUGAAUGAAAGCAAUGCCUUGAAUGUUUUUGAGAUCAUUGAAAGUUCAUGAAUGUCUCAAGAACACAGAUUGGAAGUGAUCUUGAUAUAUUUGUUCUGCAAGCUUCUGUAAAAUCCUGCUAGUUAUAAUUAUAAAAACGUUCAGUGUUGCAGUCCUAA